AUGCCGGCUCGGCUCUCUCCAAGCCCCUCCUGGCGCGCCGGCCGACUCGGGCACCCGGAGCGCGCUGGGCGCGGAGCCGCGGGCCAGGCACCGGCCGCGUCCCACUCGGUCCUCUGGGCCUCCGCCCGGGACUUGCAACUAACUUCGCCCAAGUUUCCUGCGCCGGCGCCGCCGCGCCCCUCUCGGCGCGCUCGCCUCGGAGCGUGCGCCCGCACCCGGAGCCCCUCUGGGCGGGCUUUCUCGGCCGGAGCCGAGCGGGCGGAGGUGCAGGGUGGGGGGGGUGGGGUGGGGUGGCGGAUGGGUGGCACUGGGGGCCCCUUUCCGGCCCAGGCCGCCAGCCCGCCGCUCCCGAGGCGACAGGAGCCCUGUGCACAGGCUCAGGUGAGUGUCUCUACCUGCGUGUACACGUGCCCGAAGCCAGCGCUGGGUGUGCAUGGCCGGCCGCCGCUGAGUGCGAGCGGAGAGUUCGGAGCGCGCCGCCGAGUUUGCGCACUGUUUGGCUUCCGCCACCCCUGGGGUCGUCCCGGCGGCCCCUGCCGGCCGGAGCAGCGGUGGUCGCGGUUCUGGGAUCCUCUGCCCUUGGAGGAAGGAGGCGCGCACGUGGAGGAGAGCCUCGCGCGCUUCGGAGGAAGAGGGGACGCAGCCCAGAAAAUGCUGGAGACUUUUCCUAGCAAGAAGGUGCUUCCUUGGAGGUCCAGAUGUUACUUGCCGCAGAUGCUUCUCGAAUUUUCUGGCACUGGUGAUGCACCCAGUGGGAGGUAG